UUUGUAGAAAAAAAGACCCUGUAAAUCUGGCGAUCGUGGGGUGUGUUUGCAUUGAAUGCAAACAUGUAGCCUUACUGUUCACAACCUGGUCAGAGGUUUACCGAAGCCAGCACAAGUGCGUGAGCGACGGUCUACGGCGUGGGGACAGGUAGGAACCAUGUCCCAAACCAAGGAAUUGAAGAGUCUGGCAGAAGUGCUUAGUUUGAAUUUGGAAUACGGCAUCGCAAUAACCCCAAACGCGUACAUUGGGUACCUCAACGCUGCGGCUUGUCUGUUGCAAUAUAUGUAUUAUACCGCGAUACGCCACACGCUGGAGGUCGAGGUGGUUCAUCUUGGCUGUCCUCAGAGCAUCAUGUACCUGCAUUCUUAGCGGCUUCGAGUUUUCUCGAAAGCCAGGGACCUUGGGCCGGGGAACGUCAUAGAUGAUUGCGUUAGCACAAUUACCCUAGCCUUCCUUCCCUAGCCUUCCGUCCCAAAGAUCGAGUCACUGACAUGUGGUUACUGGUAUCUGGAAUUCGCCAUGAUGUACCGGUCGGUCAUUUUGAUUGCUUCAAACAGCGUUAACAAACUGUCCCGAGUGGCAGAGAUAUGUACCCCUUUACCAAGCGCUGUAUAAGAAGUACUGAAAUGCUUCUCUUGAGCACCUUUCUUCCAAGCAAGAUGUCUUCUGGUGUUCUGUGGCGUUGGAAAUAGGUGGUGACGCUGUCUCGGGGUCGGGACUUUCCCCUCAAUCCGCUCACUUUACCAUUUGACAUAGCUUGCCUUCUGGUCACAGGCGUGCUGGUACUACAAUAUAUGACGCCAAUUGUCA